AUGAGCGACAAAGAAGCCCUUGGUCCACCAACAAAAAGCGCACUGCACAGUGAGGAAUGGCAUCCCAACAUCGUAGUGGGUGUCGACUUCGGAAUGACACACACAGGUGUCGCAUACUCAUACGGGCCAGAAUGGCCACCUCCCAAAACCAUCCAGCGAUGGCCGGGCAAGCUACCUGGCGAGCUGGCCAAUAAGGUUCCUACCUGCAUUACUUAUAGCUCUGACUCCAAGUCAGUCAGCCACUGGGGGUUCCAAUGUGACAUCGAUAAUUCCGAAGCAGAGACCAAAGAGUUCUUCAAGCUUCAUCUCGCGCCUCAGUAUGCGCGAGAUGGGGGCCCAAGCCUGACAGAGGCCCAGAAAUGGUUCCAGGACUAUAUUCAGUGCAUCUAUCGGCAUGUGGUGUCCUACUUUGAGACCACUAUCCCACAGUUUGUCAUGCAACGUGUCGAGUUUAUUUUCAGUGUUCCGACUACGUGGAAGGAUGUGCGCAUGGUAGAAGAAAUUCGGAGACUGUUAAUGCAGGUGAUUGACGCACGAAAUCCCAAUCACCGUGCUUGCAUCGGCCUUACGGAAGCAGAGGCCGCAGCUGUUUAUGCAGGGAACGAGCAUUACGGAAGAGAUGAUACAAUCUUGGUUUGCGACUCGGGUGGAGGAACGACAGAUGUAAAUGUCCUCAAGCUUCUAUCAGCGCAGGGCGAGCCUACGCAACUGGCACAGCUUGGUCAUGUCGAAGGACACCCUAUCGGCUCGGUCUUCAUUGACAGAGAAAUACAUCGUCUAAUGUGCAAGCGACUUGAAGUUAUCAAGCAGCACUUGAACUCAUCACCAAAUACGACGGCGUGGAGAAUGACAUUCGGACGAUUUCAGCGAUACAAAUGUGCUUUCGGAACCGAAGCCACGGUCACGCCUUGGCUCAAGCUGGAUGUGCCGGGAUUAGACCCCAACCUUGACUUCCCGGAGGUGGGGAUAUUCAAUGGACAGAUGCAGAUUGCAUGGGAAGACAUUCAGAAAUCCUUCGACUCGAAGGUAGAAGGUAUAUUCCAGCUUAUAGACGCACAUAUCCAGCAACUGCAAGCCCAAGGCUCUAACGACGACAUUAAAUACCUGGUGCUAUCCGGCGGGCUGGGUAGCUCCCCGUAUGUGAGACAACGCCUCCAGGAGAGAUACAAUAGCUGUAACAAGGCUACUCAAACUGGAGGGAUGCAAGUGCUCAUGGCUGAUGAACCGCAACUAGUUGUUGUCCAUGGCUUAGUUAUGGACCGCAUUCAACAGCUCAAGCGCGGCAUCCUGACAUUCGGCUUCCGAUGUGCACCAGUAAGUUACGGAAUAAUAUGCCACAAGGUUUACAAUCGUGACAUCCAUGUCGGAGAGCGAGUCCAGAUGGACGUUCGCGAUAAACGUCUGUAUGCCCUUGAUCAGAUUGACUGGCUCGUGGUCAAGGGGCGUCCAAUUCCACCUACCGGGGUAACAAAAGAGUUUCAUCUGAGGACCGACGUUGGUUUGGAAGCCGGAAUCCAUAACGUUGAGAUUGUCAUGUCGACCGAGUUACCGGCGAGGCUCCCACGCAGCCUAUGUCAUGAAGGGUGGCAAACAGUUUGCAACCUCGACAUCGCAACCGACAACGUGGAUAAGAAAUUGAAGAAUCGCCAUUGGUACAGCUCGAAGCCUGCUUUCUGGCGGACCUCGUUUGAGGUGAGGGUGGUUGUUGGACCCGCAGAUCUCACGUUCCAGUUGUGGUCUAGGGGAGAAAGAAUCCGGAGCAAGCAUGAGCCAAUUUCGGUGCAUUGGAUGCCGGCGGAGAAAUAG